AUGAUGGAAAAAGUACAAGUGGGUAUUAUAGGCGGAGGCGCCGCUGGCAUUAUCACGGCCAAGUGCCUACGCGAUCUAGGGCACGAAGUGGUCGUUUUUGAAAAGGCAGACUAUGUGGGAGGUUUAUGGAAGUACGACAAGUCCCCGGAUGCCCCGUCAUCUGUGAUAUACAAGUCUCUGCACACAAAUCUUCCAACCUCUAUUAUGCAGCUCGGGGAAUUUCCGUUUCACAAUGGUGUGCCCAGUUUCCCAUCUCAUGUAGACGUGCUGUCCUACGUGCAAAAUUACUCGAAACAUUUUAAGGUAGACAGCUGUGUGCGUUUCAAGUCGGAGGUGAUGAAACUUACAAAGCGUUCAAAUAAGUGGAAUGUAAAAGUGUUAUCGGUGGAAAUGGGAUACUAUGAGGAAACAUUUGACCGUGUCGUUAUUUGCAACGGACAUUUUUCGAGGCCGUCUACUCAAUCCAUUAAAGGUAUCGAGCACUUCAGAGGCAAAGUGACUCAUUCAAAAUCGUACCGCACACCGGAGGCGUACCAAGGAAAGCGUGUUGUUGUGAUCGGGCGAGGACCGUCAGGCCAAGACAUCUCGCUUGAGCUAGCCAGAUGUGGCGCUGCAGAAGUGUUUGUUACGAUGCUAGACUUCAAUUCAAAUGAAAUCGAUUCGCAAGACCGUCGAUUCAUGAAGCCUGCCAUUAGUCAUAUCACUGAAAAUGGUUCCGUGGAGCUUAUAGAUGGAUCGAUUAUUGCCUCGCCUGAUGAAAUAAUGCACUGCACCGGAUAUCUGUACACAGUAAAGGACUUCUUUCCAUCCGAGUUGCUCUUUCCUGAAGCCUCACCUCGGCCAAAUGGUCUAAGCGAUGAAAUCAUGGCAGAUUUACUUAAGUGUACGGAAGACGGAUCGGCUGUAGCUCCCGUUUACAAGCAGUUGUUUGCCAUAGAGGACCCUACGGCUGCAUUUGUUGGGCUUCCUUUUAGCAAUCUGCCAUUCCUCUGCUUCCAACUUCAGGCUCGAUGGAUCGCGCGCGUGUUCUGUGAUUCUUCUCUUCUCCCUUCGAAAGCAGAUAUGUACGCAGACUUCUUUGCUUAUGUAGGCACCCUUGAGAAUGGCGCAAGGAAGCUUCACCAAUUGGGCGUUCGGCAGAAGGACUAUUUUACCGAGCUAGCUAAUCUUUCAAACUUCAAAGUAGACAGAGAAAUAUACGAGAUGUAUGAGGAUGCGUGCUAUCUCCGUCAAAACUUUCCUUACAGCUACCGAUCUGCUGAGUUCCGCAGAGAUGAGGCAAGAAAAAAAUGGACUCGUCAAAUUAAUGUCUCAUCCACAGAGCUUGUGGCAGAAUUUCCAAGCUGA